AUGUUCUCAACUCCGCUGAAAAGUAGAGUAGAUUAUAGUGAUAACACAUUUGUUGGUUCAAAUACAUUUUCAAACACAAAUAGCAAUGCUGUAAAUACCAACAGAGUCAGUGGUAUGGGGAAUGGAAUUUCCAAUAUGAACGGGAACAAUUUGAUAAACGCAGGCACUAGGACAAUCAACAACAAUCAUAACAGUGCUAUGACAUCAUUUGCAAGUGCAACAAGUCCAAUUGGUAAUUCUACAUAUAUGCAACCAGGUUUAUCACCCAAUAACGAUAAUAUAAGAUUGACGGGCUUAGGAACUAAGAAACCCCUGGAAUUAGCUAGUGAAUAUAUUGACAAUUUAGAACGUCGUGAUUCUAACUCACCUAUUCUGGAUGAAAGGUCGUACUAUAAUAAUGGCGUGAACUAUAACUUCGCUAGAGAUGUCGGUGGAUUAGGUGCAUUUACACCAUUUGAACGUCAAUCUGUUAUCAAUAUUCCAGAUGUGUUAUUACAAGAAGCUUGCAAGACUGAAAUUAAGAGUGAUAUGGGUAUCUUUCCCGAAUUGAAUAGAUGUUGGAUCACUAUUGAUAACAAGUUGAUAUUAUGGAAUAUUGAUUCUAACAACGACUUCCAGUCAAUCGAAGAAAUCAAACACACUAUAUUGAAUGUAAAAUUAGUUAAACCCAAACCAAAUACAUUUGUUAACCACAUAAACUAUUUGUUAUUGAUAUCUACCCCUUUUGAUAUGUACAUCCUGGCACUAUCCUAUAACAAUGUAUCUAACGACAUAACCGUUUACAAUACAGGAUUAUCGGUAUCAAUAAGUGGAAUGGGUUCAUUAGAGAUCGUAUCAUGUGAGAAGACAGGCCAAAUUUUUUUCGCUAGUACAACUAAUGAUUUGAACAUUUGGGAGUUACAAUACACUGGCUCAGAUGACUGGUUCAAUAGUAAAUGUAAUAAAGUAUGCCUAACACAAUCAUCGUGGUCAAGUUUACUUCCAACAAAUGUCUUGAAUAAGUUACCAGGUAGUGAAUUAGUUCAAUCGUUUUUUGAAGAAGAUUCUAAAUACGCACAAGAAACAAUUAUUCAGCUUACAGUUGACCAAUCAAGAAACAUCGUUUACUCUUUAUCUUCUAAAUCAACCAUAAGAGCUUACUUGAUAAAAGAUAAGUCACUAGAGGGCCCUAUGGUUGUUGGUCCCUCAUACAUAAGUAGAAUAAUUGGUACCACAACUGCAAGAGCUGCUGCAAUCUUGGGGAAAAAAUACUUGAAAAUUUGCAAGAUCAUCUCAGUGUCUCAACAAGAAAACAAUAACUUAUUUUUGGUUGCAUUAACUAUUGGUGGUGUCCGUUUGUAUUUCAACGGAUCAGUGGGUAGAAAUUCAAUCGAGGCUCUGAGAUUAGAGUCUAUUAAAUUUCCACCAAGUUCUGUUACUCCUGAGGCAAUGCAACAGGAACUUCAACAGCAACAAUUAGAACAGCAGAAGAGGAACAUACCAUUCUACUCAAGUUUGACCUACUCUGAAUCGAUAUUACUAAAGCUACAAAAGAAAUCGUCUGUGCUAUUGGAAACUACUGAUUCGAGUACAAUCAUCUCACCAGGUAUUUUCUUUUCUUCUUUGAUAAAAUCUACCCAACCAGCUCAACCUGUUGAUCAGAAAUUACCGCCAACUACUUCAACUGCUACUACUACUGUACAAACUCCAGGUCAAAAAAUCAAAGCAACAAUACAGGCUAGAAAAGCGAAUAUUGAAGAAAAAUCCAAUGCUCAAAAUUUACCUGUGAAUCAUCGUCUGUUUGUCAGUGUUCCUGAUUAUGGUAUUUUGAAAAAUCAUGGAAAGUACGUCGAAAAUGCAACAUUCCUAGAUACUACAAGCCCUGUUAAACAAAUUGUUGCCCUUACUCCAACAUUCAAUGCUACUACAAAACCAGGUGGUUAUGCUAAUGAAUAUGCAACCCAGUAUAGUGCUGAUGAUUUAAAGGUUGCUGUACUAACCAAGACAGCCAUUGAAAUUUAUAGGUAUCGUACCCCUGAUGAAGUAUUUGAAUCUUUGAUUGAUAAUCCUUUGCCAUUCGUUUUGAAUAAUGGUCUAUCCGAAGCCUGUUCCAGUGCAUUAUAUGUUACAUGCAAAUUCAACAAGUCUGAAUUAAUCAGAUCCAAAGCGUUAACUUUCCUAACUGUUGGUAUUCCUGGUGUGAUAGAUAUUAAACCUUCAUAUAACCGCUACUCUGCAUCUACUGUUACUUCGCUAUUAUCCAAACCAUCUUUAACUACUGCAACUCAAAAGGCAGUGAAUAGCAUCACAUCAACGAAUACAAACUUUAACCUUGAUGAUGUUGUCUUAUCCCCAAGAUUCUAUGGUAUUGCCAUGCUUAUUUCAAGACUAUUCCGUGACAUAUGGAGUAAAAAUAUUUUUGUACCUGAUGCUAAUGCCAAAUUUAACAAAAUGAAUACAUUAAUCCCAGAAUCUCUUCAAACCGGAAACUUUAUCAAUAGUGUAUCAAUUACAAAAAUGGAUAUUGAAUAUUAUUUGUCUUCAAUCUUAAUCCUGAACGAAUUUUUCUCUAAUUAUGGCGAUUCUAUUACUCAAGUAAUUGCCCCUUCUUUGCCAACUGAAAGUUCUAAAAACAAAUAUGAUGAGGUUGCUAAUCAAGCAGAAAAUAUUGCUGUCAACUCAUUGAUCAAGCUGGUUCACUCUAUGAAGGAGGCACUAUCGUUUUUGAAUGUCCUAUACGAAGAAAGCGAGAUUGAAGGUUACGAACACCAAUACCUUGCAUUUAAGGAUAUCAUGAAGUUUUUAAAAGUUGACAUACAAAUUAGAUUAUCCAAGCUUACUUUUAAGGACUUGUUUGCCCCUAAUGAAAAUUCUAAAAGUUUAAUUAGAGAAAUACUUCUAUCUGUAAUAAAUAGAAAUAUUUCAAGAGGUGCCUCUAUUGAAUUUGCUGCUACAACUUUACAGGAACGAUGUGGUUCUUUCUGCUCCAGUAGUGAUAUCCUAAGUUUUAGAGCUAUGGAACACUUAAAGAAGGCUAAAGAAAUCGGCUUAGGUGAUUAUGAUACUGUUUGCUAUCAUCUUGAUCAUGCAAUUAAAUUAUUUGAAAAAAUAGUUGAUGACUUAGCUUUCGAUAAGUUAAAGGAAGCCGUGUUGGUAAUGCUAAGUCUAAACUACUUCCCUAAGACUAUUGAAUUCUUAUUAAAUAUUGCUAACCUCAUAGAUAGGAACAAGCUUGCUUAUCAAUAUGUUGCGAAUGGAUGCGCUAUAAACGAUCAAAGAAAGGAAUACUAUGAUAAACGUAUGAUGAUCUAUGAUUUUAUUUCAGAAGUUUUAGUUAAAGUCGACGAAGUCGCUUCGAAGAAGAGUACCGAUAUUAAUGGUUUAAAUAUGGUGUGCGGAGAUGCUAACACAUUGAAGGAUCAAAGUUACGCAAUUGCCUUUAAUUAUAAUGACAAAUUAUUCCACUAUCACAUGUACGACUGGUUAGUAUCGCAAGAUCAAGCUGAUAAAUUGCUGGAUUUAGAUACUGCAUUUAUUCAACUUUACUUGGAAGAAAAAUCAAAGGAUUCCUUAAAAAUAUCAAAUCUGUAUUGGGUAUACCAAUCAAGAAAAUCUCAAUUCUAUAAAGCUGCUGAAAUUCUUUACUCCUUGGCGGUAUCUAAUUUUGAUAUCAUUUUAAGAGACAGAAUUGAAUGCUUAUCUCGUGCUAAUGGUUUCUGCAACGGUGUUUGCCCUCCAAACCAAAAACAAAGCAUGGUUCAAUUAACUGGUAUAAUUCAAGAAUUGUUUGAUAUUGCUGCUGUUCAAGAUGAUUUAAUUAAUCUUAUCAAUACAGAUAAUAGAGUUGAAUCUGAAACUAAACAGAAGUUGAUUAAGGAGUUAAACAAUAAAGUUUUACCGGUAAGUGAUCUGUUUAAUGAUUACGCAAUCCCAUUAGGAUACCAUGAAGUGGCAUUGAAUAUAUUUAAAGUUUCAGAUUUCCGUAACGAAGAAGAAAUAAUGGCAACAUGGAAUGAGUUAUUUGAAUCUGUAAAGAAAGAAUUACAGUCUACUAAUAAGAUUGAAGAUUCUUUGAAUUUUAUCAAUUUAUUAUCUAAUAUUGUAAUCAAGAUUGGGAGAACUGUUCACACAUCUGAAUAUGUCUUUCCAAUAGCGGAAUUAUUUCCUAUCAUUUUGCAUUUAUUCGAAGAAUCUCUACCAAAGGAACAUAUUAAAGCUGGUAUUAUUGCUUCUAUAUUCAUUUCAUCGAAUGUUUCGUAUAACAAACUGUAUCAUGUAUUAAGAAGUCUCCUAGAAACAUUAGACUCCAGGGAUGAUGGAUUAAAUAGAGAGAUGGGAUGGUUAAUUAAAGAAUGGUAUCAACACGAUAGAAAAUUGAGAGACGUUAUCACGUUUGAUGAAGUAUCACAGUUAGAUGAAUAUAGCAUAGAAACGGAUCCAAUCGAAAAUUACACAAAGAAAAGUGGUAAUAAUAUCUGA